AUGUACGUGCAGUCUCACCGUGAUCUACAACAUUCACAAAGAACGCCAAGAGAGAGAAGACUCGCUCGACCACCGGACACUGCCAAGCAGAGCCGACCUUGCAACUUGACAUUCACGGAAGACUGUCCAGGUACGAUGUUGGAAUCAAUCUCACACGAUGACGAUGCUACGGGAGGCACACUCGCAGGUCGCCGACAGCCCUUGAAGCAACCGCCGCUGUUGGCCCACGCGGAGAGUCCCACCCAUCGUCAGAGAUCUGUAGACCGAGGUGYAACACGAUCUGGGAGGCUACGCGUCGUGAACAAAACUCGCCUGAGUUCAGGAUCCGAGGGCUCGGUUCUGGCAGACUUUCAGUCUUCCAGCACCAUUCCUCAGGAUUGGGACGCCGCUGAAUUUGCAGCAGAUCAGCAAGAAAAGGCUCGUUGGAGAGACUCCGUAGACAGCGGGCACACGAGGAACAGCACCGCGCCACUAUCUUUCCAUGACCGGACCGUCGAUAUUUUGAUCAAGAUUCGCUUGCUGCCUGUUAUGAAAGCGCUGCACGAGCCAGAGAACAAAGGUGCACUCGUAGAGGCUUCAAAGCGAGCCCAAGACGUACUGGAAUUUGCCGUACUUGAAAAUGCCAGUAUUGCACUUCAAGGAAGGUGCUGCUACUACAUAGGCGUUGCAAAGCACCUCCUGAACGACACCGAGGCUWCGAAAUACUUUCUCAGCGCUUUGGAUGCAAAAGGUGUGUACGGGGAAGGAAGAUGGGCGCAGCAAUGGACCAAUCAUUACGAAAACCUCAGCGAGCUGAGUCCCAAUCGAAUUGCACAUUCAGACCGGCCCAUCUCUUGGGCGAGUAACAUCGGCUACUGGAGGGAUGUCGGUAACAAAACAAGUCCAGAAUCUGGCAUUUCGUCAAGAUACAAGAUGGGAUCUCCAAGACAAGGCAUGCAGCAGAUCAGAAAUGAUAUAUCGCGGCAAUCACCAGGCGGAGGCAUACAGGCCACCACUCCAGUUAGCAAGCGCUUCUCCCUGGAUAUACGAGACGAACCUUUGGAUAGUGGCACUUUCGGCAGCAGAACUGCUGGUAGCAGGGAAGGACGCUCCAGUGUAGGUGGCGGGGGGUCUGUUCCCUCCUUCAGUAGCUGGGGAAGCGAAUCGCCGUCUGGGACAGCCGUUCCCUCACAUCAAGGACGAGACGAGAUAGUCCUGGAUACUGAUGGCUUGCAUUCGCCCAGAUGUACUCAUGUCUCGCCAAUACAAGAGACUGUCAAGGGGUUUAACAGCACCCCUGAUGCCAAUCUCGGCUCUCCUCAGUCCCCGCGUCAUCACAUGCGGAGCAAAUCAACCACGUUCAGUAUUCCAGCACCGGCUCUAGAUGUCGGUGAGCAGGAAACAUCGAGAAGUAGAAGACGACAAUCAUCGAGGUUUCAUGUUGACCCUCCCAGUGUUCUCAAGGAGAUCCAGGAGUUGUCCAUCGAUUCUGUCAACAGCAGCGAAGAUCCGGUGAAAACGGGUCCUUCAGCUCCUUACGCAGAGUCGGCGUCAGAUCAUGAUUCUUGA